GGAUGGGUUGCAGUCACUAGAAUACAAGAGGAGGCAUGCCCGCCAAGCCCGUCGACGCAGGACGCCCGCAAGAGAUCGACUAUGUGUCCAAGCAAGCCAACUUGACGGCGCAGAUCGAGAGCGAGCAAAUGGCCGCGAAGCGCUGGUGGGACGACUUUGGGCUCUGCUACAUUGACAACUCCAAGGCCGAAGACUUUACGUACGAGAACCGCAUCAAGAAGCUCCAGGAAAAGCUGCAGGAUGAAAAGAUGCAAAAGGCCAAAAUGACGACGACGAGUGCUGCGUACGGCACGGGCAAACCCUUCAAAGAGUGCACCACCAAGAAGGCGCUGUUGCUCAAGAACCCAACCAAGAAAUAA